UUUUCAAUUUAUUUAUUAAACUUCUGGAUAAUAUCCCGGUGCGCCGACGCAAUUUCGCGUUUCUAUCUUAGGGAAAGGACUUUUGGCGUAAAAAAUUUCACCGAUAGAUGCCCCUCUUGUUAGUUAACUCGGCGAACAUAUUGUGCAUGUAGUUGGUGUGACAUGGCUACGACUAAUACAGAAGAAAUUGAGGAAGUUGAACGAAAGGAGCAAGAAGUAACGAAUUUCGAUGAAUUCCCACCAGAAGUUUUAAUCAAACAUCCACUUCAACAUACAUGGACGCUUUGGUAUUAUGAACCGGAUAAGAGUAAAUCAUGGGAAGAGAGUCAGAGAAAAAUCACGAGUUUCGAUACAGCGGAAGAUUUUUGGAGUAUAUACAACCACAUAAAACCUGCAUCCGAAUUGAAACAAGGUUGUGACUACAGCUUGUUCAAGCAAGGGAUUAGACCUAUGUGGGAAGAUGAUGCUAAUAAAGCUGGUGGAAGGUGGCUUAUAAACUUAGAUAAAAAACAGAGGGUCUCAGAUUUAGAUCACUUUUGGUUAGAAACUCUUUUAUGUAUGAUUGGUGAAGCCUUUAAUGGGUACUCUGAUGAUGUCUGUGGAGCUGUAGUUAAUGUGAGAACAAAAGGAGAUAAAAUUGGAGUAUGGACAGCGAAUGCCAAUAGUGAAGACAGUGUCUUGGAAAUUGGGCGUAAAUUAAGGGAGAGAUUAAAAAUCACAUCAAAAGUACCUAUAGGAUAUCAAAUACAUAAAGAUAUUAUGGUCAAAGUAACCAGUCAAACAAAAAAUGCUUAUAUGAUCUAAAAACUGUUGAUGUUACAUUAAUGUCACAUUAAUGUGACAUUAAUGUCAUCAUUAUUCAUUAAAAAAUGUCAAACUGGACAAGAAAUGCAUUAAUCAUAAAGAAAUACAAAAUUGAAUUGGUCAAAAUGGUUAAAUAAAAAUUCAGCGUAAAAUUUUUUAAAAAACUACAUCCUCAUUGUAGCUAAGUAUCUUCUUAAUGAAAGUAAAUGAACAAAUACUAAUAAAUAUGCACUGAUAUAGAUGUAUAUUGUAUUAAUAUAAAAAUUUACAUUAAUGAAACAUGUAAUUUAGAACUAGAUUGUGAAAACUACACAGGCUGCUGUAUUUUUCAAAGAAGAGUAUAAACUUUAUACUAUAAAGCAUACAAUUAUAAAAAAUGAUAAGUAGUUUUUUUUCAUACAUGUUCUUUCUCAUGUGUAAUACAUACCAUCGAUAUAAAUAAUAAAAUUUUCUAUAAGCAAUUUUAUUCAAAAACCUACGGAAGUAAGUUAGCAAUUGUGAAAAAUAUGAGAAAAUGAAGUACAGCAACCUACUUAAAAAUGAUAGCACUAUUUACAUAAUAUUCUCGAUAUUCUUUAAUAAAGAGUUAUAUUUAAGUUUUUCUUAAAAAGUUUAUAAAAAA